AAGUCGGAGUUGUGAGAAAAAAUGGGUGGAGGAAACCAAAAUGGACACUGAAAAAGAAGUUCGUGAGUUUCACCAACGAAAAUAAUCAACUAAAAAAUCAUGGCCGACCCACCACCAAACCCUUCGGCAGAGGACCAGCCAAGCGCCUCACAGUUGUCUGACAGCAUCGAUUAUGCCGGUUCUGAAGACGGAGGGGCACGAGCACUGACUCGCGGUAUGCGAGGUGGAGGGCGGGAGGGUGUCGCAGAAGACGCUGAACAAGUAGGUUCGGGCCGAUCCAAAACUAGCAGUCGUGGUGGUGGGAGCAAAACUAGCAGUCGGGCUGGCGAUGGUGCAGCUUCCAAAACUAGCAGUCGUGGUGGUGGGAGCAAAACUAGUAGCCGUGCUGGUAGUGAGAAAGAGAAAGACCAAAAAACUAGUAGCAGUCGUGGAGAAGGUGGUAGUAAAGCGAGCAGUCGUGGUGAGGGGGAAAGCAAGACGAGUAAUAUUAUGGCCCAGUGAGUCAUGGUGAUGUUCUUGUGCUGUAAUUCUGGAUAGAAAUACAUCUGGUACGGCCUCUAACAAAGCUUACUUACUUACACCAGUCCGCAACCAGGACCGGUUGUAAAGUAAGGACCGGUUGUUAAGUAAGGACCGGUUGUUAAGUAAGGACCGGUUGUUAAGUAAGGACCAGUUGUUAAGUAAGGACCGGUUGUUAAGUAAGGAGAAGGACCGGUUGUCGGUCCACUUAGGAAAGUUCCUGUUACUUUUACUCUCUUUCGUAUAGCUUGUAAGAGGUAGGGGGACUUUGUACAGACACUUCCAGGACUACUGUCAGAAGGUGUUGAUGUGUACGGCUGACCUGUGCAUCUUCUAAGAUCAGUCCUGGAAGUGAUGCGGACAAGACUAGCAGUCCUGGUGACGACCCCACAGCAGAAUUUAGGGCUGCUGCCGAAGAGGAAGAAAGAGCAGAAGAAAUUAUCGAAAAGGUUGAAGAGGUUGAAGUUAUGGCUCCUAAGGAUAAGCAGGUGAUCAAAAACACGAUCAGGGGUGUCCUUAGUGCAUUUUCGUCUAGAAGUAGAUCAGAUGGCCGCUCAGAAGAUCAUCAUCUAAUUCUUCAAUCGAAUCUGAGCAAAAGCCGCGUGGUUUCGCGAAUACGGUUCGUGGUAGUUUGAGUUUCAUGCGACGAAGAGGCGGGUCAGCGGAUGCUGAACGAAGAGCAGAGGUUAAGGCCGUUUUUUUGAGUCUAUCUAACGAGGAGAAUCGCUUAAAAGCAGAGGCUAGUCACUGUUCAUUGACUCAUUGAGGUUAGAAGUCACUGAGAUCCCUCCUCUUGUUGAGAGAACAGGGGAAAAUGAAGGGAAAGCAAAGUAGGGAGAGGCGUGGGGCCCUUUUCUUUCAGAAUCAGCGACCACUGACUGCUGACCUUGAGGAACAGCUCCGAGAUAUCGAAGCUGCUGUCCCACGCGCUACUCUAACGAGGAGAACCGCUUAAAAGCAGAGGCAGCGCGACGGGCAGAAGCAGCGCGUCUGGCCCAAGCCAAGGUUGUUCGAGAGCAACAAAGGGAACUCAGGCAUUUGCUUAAUUUAGGGUUCUCGAAGAUGUUUCUUGAAAUUGGUAGUUGAUGAUUGGACUAGCCUUAGAAGACCUUGGGCUUUGCUUUGAGAUCUUGAUGGCUGAAAGAAUAGAGAAGAAGUCUUCUAAUAGCAGAGGAAUCACCGGAAAGCGGAAGUGGUCAGGAGAGCGAGGAAAAACGCAGUGCGAGUGGUACCAGAGGGAAGCUAGCUGCUGCAGAUGACGGUGAAGAGAGUCCCGAAGCGGACCAAGGGGAUGAUCAAGAUCAAGAUGACGAGAAAAAGCAGAAAGCACUACUACAAGUUCAACAAGAAGAGGUAGCAAAAAAACAAGAAGAGCAGCAGCGUGAAGCUGAUGCUUUGAUUGCUGGGGCUGUGGAACUGGAAAGGCAACAACAACAAGCACAAGCUGAGGAGCAAAGCCCUCCUGUUGAGGAGGUGAUGACUUCCCCUGAUAUCGAUCCUGUACAAGAUUUUUAAGGCUACCGUUGAAGCGUGCCGUCCUUGGCCUCUUUUUCAAGGGGAAAAAGGUCCCAGGGACGGGCCCAAGGGUGCGACGCGGUAGCUCUAACAAGAGGCUGGAGACGUUGCGAUCCCUAUUUCUCCACCACUAGAAGAAGAGCAUGAAGAAGAUGGGGAAUUCGCUAGUCCUGAUUUAGUAGAGGGCGUUACACAAGGACCACAAGCAGGACACGAUGAAGCCCAGCAACAGCGGGAUCUCCGUAGUGAGGGUGAAGCACCGCCUCCACCUGCGGUUUUCGAUGAUGAGGUUGCUGCAGAGGAAGGGCAAGUCGAAUUUUAUGGUGGUCGUAGAGUCGUAGACGUAGUUCUGGCUCAUUAUCAUUUUCGUAGUGUGUUAGUGUUUCUUUCUGCGGAUUUCAAUUUUGCAAGUCUUGCGUACGAACUGGCAUCAGAUUUUUUCCAAACGUUUUACGCCAAUCCACUUCUAUUUGCUAAUCUGCAUCCUCCUCGUCGAGCAAGCGUGUGACUCAAGCGACACGUGUAUCGGCCAAUUCCAUCCUAAAAAGGCAGCUUGGGGCAGUCAAAGCCGCCUCUCGAAUGACAGGAGUGCUAAGAGGAUCUAAGCAAGCGGCGAUGUCAGUGGAGGCUUUGUCCUUGACCAGCAUCCCAGGAGGACAAGACGAAGAUGAACAAGAUGCAGAUCCGACAAAAGCGAGUGCAGGCGGUGUGGAUGGUCUCGGUGUUGGUCCGGAUGGUGUAGAUGCUCAAAACGGUCUAGCGACUGACGUCGCUGGGAUGCUUCUAGAUUCAACGCAGCAGGAUGGUCAUGAGGACAACGCAAACAACGAUAAUAUUGAUGCUCAACCUACAGAUCCACUCCUAGGAGAUCAUGGAGAUGGCGAUCCAGAUAGUAGAAGUAGUAAGCAGCGUAAGAACAAGAGUCGUGGAAGCAAGAAAAAUCAUCACCAUCUUCAUGACGAACCAGAAGAAAGAGCUUCGCAUCGAGCUGCACGUGAAGAGGAGGAACGAAUAAUUGAGGAACUAGAUGAGGAAUUUCGGUUAUGAGCAUGUUUUUCAGAAAUGCACGAUGUGGAUGAGAUGAAGUGGAAAAGCAAUUUGUGCAUGCUUGCUACACAAUUGUGAAGAAUUUAAAUUCAUGAGGAGAUGGAGCAGAUCAGAGAUGAUCGUGUUGAAAUGCGAUGUUGUAAUCAAAGAUAUAACUGUUGCAGCCUUCGUUCUCUUUGUCUUCGCGUGCUAACUUUCGUCUCCUCCUUGCUCGUUCUUUGUUCGCCACCACCUAUCUUUGCCCCCGUCCUAUCGUAGCAGGCAGCGAUGGGUUUACCACAGCGGCCGCUACUCGUCUGCAACAGUUAUAAUCAAAGAAGAGGCAACAAGUCAUUCUUCCCUGUCCUAUAUUCAAAAUUUUUAGGGAGUUACUACUAGCCCACAUAUCGCUCCCUGCUCCGACCUUUCCAAGCCCACUCUUUCAUCCUCCGAUCGCGUGAAUUCCGAAUAUCGACACGGUUCUAAAGCAGGUGAAAUCUUCAUGGUCGACCGGCCUUGUAGAGAUGACAACGAAAUAAUCGGCGUCUGUGGCUGUGACAAAACUUAAGGCUUUUGCUAAUCCAUCUUUGGAAGCAUCGAUCAAUCUGAGUGACUGAGAGACGUUUUGUUUCAAGGCUGGAAAUAGAAACGGCCUCAACAUAAUGGACUUCGAGACGCUGCUUUUUAAGGGAAAAAGAAACACGGCCUCAGCAUGAUGGAAUUUCAAGAUGGAUUAGGGUCGUGAGCUCUAAAAAAUUCAAAACAGUCAUCCAGUGUUGACGUGCUUUUGCGCACCAUGUAUCAUGUGCAACUAUGAAGGCUGCAGUCCGAAAGUUGCUACGAUGUGGGCCUUAUGCAUCAUACUGGGAGGAUUCUUGUACUUCUUCUCGUCUCACUUGCCUGAUUUACAUUUGGUUUUACGUCGUUUAAAUUUAACAGCUGAUGCUGUACAACUUGCUCAUGCUGAAAAUAGUCUUAGUCUUUUUGCCACUUUCCCAAGCCCAACGUCUAUUAAGGCUCAAUACAAUUCAUUUCUACAAGGCCUUUCUCCCCUGUAGGCGAGAAAUGAAUCGUUUUGAGCUCUAAGUCUACUACUUGCUUCGAAGAGUAAACAAUUCUACAGCUUCUCCGCGGAAUGUGCAUCGAAGAGUAAUAUAAUCGAAAUGAUUCUACAGCUUCUCCGCCUUCGGUAUCUACACCACCUUGUUUUGGCAAGUCCCACUCUUGGGUGUAACCUACAAUCGAGCCCGACACGAGUCUUUACUUGGUUUUCCGAUUCCGGCGGAUGGUAGGCGGUCAUCGAGUGGCAGCAUAUCUACUGUGGUUAUGGCAGAAGAUGGGAAGUGAGAAGUACUGGCUGUGAUCAAUGUCAAAUUCAUAUUCUUUUUCUUACUAGUAUUUCAAACUUGCUGUUGCUCCAGCAUUCCAGACUCCCUUUUUUGCGGUUGCUUCUAAGAAAAACCGCGAGAGUAAAAGCGGUUCUAGACGAUCACGGAACACGGAUAUGGCAGUUGGGAGUCGGAGAACGGAUUCAGAACCAGAGCGAAUGAGUCUCUUUCAGCGUGCUAGUGGUCUGCUUGGGCGGCUAUCGUCUCUGUCGUUUGGCAGUAAAAAAUCUGAAAAAGUAGAUAAAGACAAAGACACUACUACUGGGUUGGCGUCAGUAGCUGAAGAACAAGGGAAUGUUGAGAAUGCUGAGGUAGGUGGAGCUAGUAAGAAAAAUGUAGAGGGUGAAGGCGAACAAAAUGGAGAAGAACUUGAGGCUGGUGCAGACGCAGUGGUAGUCGACAUUGACGCCGUUGGUGCAGACGGACAAGCAGUGGGUGCAAGGGGAGUUGUUGCUGAAGGUGAGGCGGGAGAUAUUGAACUAGAACAAGGUCAAGAUGAACAAGCUGACGACAUGAACAUUGGUGACGACAAUACUUAAGGCCAAUAAGAUAAUUGAUUUCCGAGUGUACUAACUUGAUUGUACUAAUUUCUUCUGUACUAGUUUUCUCGUUCUCCUUGGGAAUCUGAAGAAAUGAAAUACUUUUUUUUUAGUGCUCUAACAAGAUACUCUCGGUCUCCACUUAGACUCACCUACAGCAGACCCAGACGAUUAUAGCGCAGGACUUCCAAGAGGAGCCUCUGGGACAUUCAGUCUCGGAGCAGGGAUUGCUGGAGUUAUGAAAGGUGUGGUCGUGGUGCAUUUGCACUCGUAGUAGCUGAUUGUUCACGACUGAAAAAAUAUAUUAUAGAUACGAUAGUUUAUUGACUAAGUCACAGAAGUAGUAAGGACAGCAACCACUUGGAUCACGAACUAGAGGGGUGCUCACACACACAGGACCACGACAGCGGGCGCUUAGUCAGUAGUAGAUAGGUACUUGUUACCUGCCUUUUCUUUUUUCGGUUUGUAUUUUUUCUAGUGAGGUCUGCUCCACCAACAUUAUAGAUACGCUCAUCAUCCUAGUACAACGAUUUGAACAGCGAAAAAGCCCCAUUUUCUAACAGCCCCACGAACAGUACAUCGGCGACGGCCACAGCACAGAAGGCUUCAGCCCAGAACACGUUUGCGGGUAACGUUUUUCGCGCCAGUACUGUAAAUCGAAUGGCGCGCUCAACCGCAGACCGACUACGUAAGAAGAGCGCCAAGAGAACCAGUGAGGAAUCAGCAGAUGGAUUGCUAGACGUAGAAGGCGGUGUUGAUUAUGAUGUGAAGAUGAGCUAGUGCUAGAGCAGAUAAAGGACAACUCGAGUAGAAGAGGAUGAGGACUCGAGUAGAGUGAGAGUCUGGUGAUACUUUGUCGAAGUUAUCGAGGGAGGGGAUGAUUAUGGGGAUUGAGAGAGAGAGUCACUGGAGUCAGGCUGUCUAUGAAUUUGACUCAAUUCGGAGCUCAGUGUUGUCUUGUGCUCAAUCUGAGUUUUUCGUCUAACUCCUCUUCCAAAUAAAUUUCAAGUAUCCUCCUGACCCACUGAGUCCGCGCCCUCCCUCCCUCCAUCCCUCCCUCCCUCCCUCUAAUUCUUUCCCGACGGCGUCGGAGAUGACCCUGAUGCUGCCAGACGAACGAUUAGUGAGGAGAGAAGACGUCAGCGAUCUGUCUUCGGCGAACGCUCUAUCUUCGGUGAUCUCUUCGCAAACAAUGACAACAACCAAGAAGAUGGGGCCGAGAACAAUGACAAUGAGCAGUCUACUCCAUCUCGACCCAGCCGUGGCAGUGUUUUAAGGCUCACCGUAUAGUUCAUCUUCAGAACAGUAUCAAUCUUUGAUGGCCCCUAAUAUACCGAGGGGAAACAAACGGAAAGCACAUCCGCAAAAGUCAUCAAAGAUGCUUGUACUCAAGAUGCAUAUAAUCGCUCUUAAGGUCUUCUAAGUCUCAGCUCUAGCGCUUCGGCUACUCUCGGAGGCGUAUCUCACAUGGAUCAGCAGAGAAACAGGAGUUUUGGCGGAGUCCAGCACAAAAGUCAAUCUUUUAUGAAGAGGUUGGGCAACGGUGCGUCAUGACGAGCCGAAAAAGAGGAACGAUCAUACGGUAAAGGUAGGUAGAGGGCUAAUGUUCAUGACCUGGAUUCAGGAUUGACUUGAACAUAACAUAAUGCACAACCGCAAGGUUGAAGAGGUAACUGGAAUCAGAUAUAGAGAUCGCGCGCAAGACAUAGUCAUGCUGUUUCAUUGAGUUAAUUUGAAGCGUAUUCAUACGAAGUUAGUUUCAACGUACAGGUUAUUGAUUGCUCGAGAAUACAGACACAGAGAUGCAAAUAUCGUUUCCAAGAAAUCAUCGUGCCAGUCGAGUUUCGUUCCUUUUUCAGCGCUGAAGAGUAUAACUUGGCCUAGUAGCGUGAGUGUAGUCGUUUCUAUUAAAUAAAAGAGCUGUAACAUCAGUUAUGUACAGGUCUACAGUAGCAGCACGUCAGUGCUCCAACAAAGUAGAAAUUACAGAGUGACUAAUACAAAGACAACCGAAUAGACGAAGAUAAUCCAAGUGAAGUCACAUAGAAUCAUAUGAGCCAUGUAGUUGUAAUCCAAGUUGUUUUCAUGUAUAUUUUGAUUCAAACAAAUUUAACACGAAGCAAGUGCGUCAAACUGAGAGUCGUAU